UGAUUGGGUUUCUCCUCUUCUCUCUCUCUCUCUCUCUCUCUCUCUGUAUCUUUGCGAGUAAAAACCAAAGCUUUUUCUCUUCAUUGUCUUCUUCUUCAUUAUUCUGAUUACAAAACUCGGAAUCACCAUCCCAGAGCGAGAGAGGGCUUGCUUUCGCCCUCUCCCUCUUCCAUUGCCCAUUUAAAGAAAACAAAAAAAAAAACAAAGAAAAGAAUUACUGCUUUUUUCAAUUCUGUAUCGAGAAGACAGAAGGCCAUGAUCAUAUGAUUGUAUUUAUUCUACAUCUCUCCAAUUCCUUAGUCUUUUGAUGCGACGAUCGCAUGCUCGUAAUCGGGUCGAUUCUAAACCCAAAAACAACGACAGUAAUAAUCAAAUGGAUCCCAUCAAGCUACAGAUCCGACCUAAUUCACGCUUCUCCAAAACCAAACCCAAAUCCACCUUAUUCUAUAUCUUUCUCGCUUCCUUUUUCACCCUUCUCGCUAUCUUAUCAUUUUAUUUUAUCUUUGCUUCAAAUGAUUCUCAUGAAAUGUACCGUAUUAUAAUCGAUGGAGGCAGCACGGGUACCCGAAUCCACGUGUUCUCCUAUCGGAAUAAGGAUGGAAGACCCGUGUUUGCAUUUGGGAAUGGGGCGAUGAGGGUGAAUCCGGGUUUGUCUGUGUAUUCCGAGGAUCCGGAUAUGGCAGGUCGGUCUUUAGAGGAGCUUAUAGAGUUUGGGAAAAGUAGAGUGCCUAAACAGCUUUGGGGAGAGACUGAAAUUAGGCUAAUGGCAACUGCUGGAAUGAGAUUACUUGAUUUUAAUGUUCAAGAUAGGAUCUUGGAGUCUUGUAGACUUGUUUUGAGAAAAUCUGGCUUCAAGUUUUUUGAUCAUUGGGCUUCUGUUAUUAGUGGGUCUGAUGAAGGGGUAUAUGCUUGGAUUGCUGCUAACUAUGCAUUGGGUAGCCUUGGAGGUGAUCCUAGUGAGACAACUGGGAUUAUUGAACUUGGGGGAGCUUCUGCUCAGGUAACUUUUGUUCCAAAUGAGCCAGUGCCUCCUGAGUUCUCGCGCAUCAUUAAGUUUGGGAACCUUACGUACAGUAUCUAUAGCCAUAGCUUUCUUCAUUUUGGCCAGAAUGCUGCAUUUGAAGCAUUGAGGGAAUCACUUGUCAAAGUGGAUCUAUCAGCUUCUAAGUCACUUGAGAAAGGAAAGUUUAUAGAUCCUUGUACUCCUAAAGGUUACUUGAACACAUUGCAGUCUGGAGAUUUGUCUCCAGGUUCAGUGGAAAAGGGCAAGCUUUUAUCCAGUCUACAUUCUGGGGGUAACUUCUCCAAGUGCAGAUCUGCUGCAUUGACGCUGAUACAAAAGGGAAAAGAGAAAUGCAUCUAUCAGCACUGCAACGUCGGAUCUACAUUCAUACCUAAGCUUCAGGGGAAGUUUCUGGCAACUGAAAAUUUCUUCUAUACAUCAAAGUUCUUUGGGUUAGGUAAAAGAGCAUUUCUUUCCAAUCUGAUUAUGGCUGGAGAACAAUUUUGUGGUGAGGAUUGGUCAAAGUUGAGAAAGAAGCACCACUCAUUAGAUGAUGAUGAUCUGAUACGCUAUUGCUUCUCUUCAGCAUAUAUUGUGGCUCUACUUCAUGACAGUCUUGGAAUUGCAUUAGAUGAUGAAAGGAUUGGGUAUGCCAAUGAGGUUGGAAACAUGCCACUAGAUUGGGCAUUGGGAGCUUUUAUCUUGCAGAGCACUGCUGAAUUGGACAUGCAGCACCCAGAUUGGAUUGCCACAAUUAUUAAUGAUGAUUCACCCACACUGAUAUCACUAAUUGCCAUCGCCAUAUUAUUGAUGUUUGUAGCAUGGUCUAUAUCGAAAUGGAGGAAACCUCAGUUAAAGACAGUUUAUGAUCUAGAGAAAGGGCGAUAUAUAGUUACUCGUGUUGGAAGAAGUUGAUAGCAUAUUUUGAAGGCAUGAAUACCUUUUCUUUUUCUGCCAUUGCAGAUCGGGAAGGAAGUUCCUACGCACCUACAAGCAGCAUAUCAUUCUUCUUAUGCAACAUACUUCCAAUUUUACUGCCCCUCACUUGAAGCUGCCAGCAAGUUGGAAAGGUGAGACUGUAAGAUGCUAAAAUUUUUAAAUAGUAGUGUAAGUAGAGUUGUGCAUAGGAUAGAAAGCUUAGUUGACCAUUUUGUAUUUAGCGGCAGUUGAGAACCUCAAAUUUCAUUACACCAAAUGCUUCCUUUGUUAUAGGAACUACAACUUACUAUGAAAAAACAAAACAAAACAACUCCACCAUGUGAGUUACAGUUGUAUCUCCCGCACUUGUUGUAUGAAAAGAUUUAUUUAUUGUUCCGUGCAUAUAAUUCCUCAAAA